AUGCCGCCUCGGAGAAGCAUCCGCGACGAGGAUUGGGAGCGUCUUAGGUCCACCAUUCGGAAGCUUUAUCUCGAAGAGGAUCGGAGUCUAAAAGAUGUUCUCCUCAUUCUGGGUACUUUCCACAGCUUUUAUCCAAGCAAAGCACAGCUGGAGUGGAAGUUAAAACAGUGGCAUUUCACCAAGAACAUGGGAAUUAUGGAUUGGAAGUAUGUUGCCAACGAGAUCCAUCGGCGAAAGUGUAGAGGCAAAGAAAGCAAGGUCUACCUCUCAGGCAUACCUUUGCGCAUGAAGGCCAUCGAGAGGGGGGUUUCAAGAUACUGUUACCAGACUGCCAUCGAGAAGGCUACGCGCCGAAGAGUCCUUGGACAAGCUAUUUCAUAUUCUGGAAGCGAGGAUAAUGAGAUCGUCAGAUGGCUUCUCUCUGUUGGAGUUGACUUGAACGAAAGAUUGGACCGGCUGGAGCCUCUUGCGCCAAUGAUUACAGCAUUCUGGUCCCCUUUGACACCGCUACAAGAAGCCAUCCAGAAGGGCUGGUCUGGCCUGAUGCAAGAACUCAUCGAAUGUGGCGCGGACAUUAAUGAGCUUUCCUCCUCCUGUGGAACUGCACUCCAACUCGCAGCAGAGCUCGGACACUUUGGCAUAGUUCAGAGGUUACUGGAACUAGGGGCUGACCCCAACGCAUCAGGGGGUGAAUCUCCUUAUAGUCGGACUGCUAUCGAACGUGCAGCUCAACAUGGGCGACUGGACGUUGUCCAAUUAUUGCUCAAUUCUGGGGUUGAGAUUGGCGGGUGCGGCCGACGGCAAUAUGUUAGAUCGGUCGCGUUGGCGGAAAAAGAGGGGCACCAUGCCAUCGUGAAGCUGUUGAAAUCCCACGGAGGAUGGACCGAAGCUGAUGAGGCCCUCCUGUCUACCAAAGAUGUGUGUCUUCCCUUCAUCUUUCGGAGACAUGAAGUCGUUCAAUAUGUUCGAAGGUAUUACGUUAGUGAAUCGGAUGUCGGAGACUCGGCGGAGGGUGACACCCCGAAAGAAGAAGAGUCUUCCUCUGAAGGAGCCUUAAAAAGUAAUGUUGAGCUGAAUGAAGGGAAGCUUCCUGAGGAAGAAGGCCCGCCAGAGGAAGCGCUGGUAUCGGAUGAGAUACUCGGAUUGACGAAAGAGGACAUGAAGGAGCUCGAUAAGCCCUCAGAGGGGGCAUUAGAAGACAACCAUGACUCAACGAUAGAUCUCAUCGGGCAGCUCUACAACCCUUCUGAGGCAUUAAUGUCGACUUUAGGAUUCGGAAACACGCCGCCAAAUGCAUACGAGUCCCUUUUGGAAGAGGAGCAGUUGGAAUUCCUCCCUUCCUCCAUGUCAUAUCAGAUCAGGGAGGAACUCGAAGGGACCGGCUGUCAAGAAGAAUUGGGGGAUGACCUCUGGGCUGAAGAAUACAGCAACUUCAUCCAGAGCGUAUCUUAUGAAGUAUAG